AUGGCAUUUGAAUGGUUUCCUUACAUAAAUGGAAAGAAUUUGAACUAUAGUGAAUAUUUGACUAUUGUCGGUACAUCAAUUAUGAUUAUAAACUAUUUCUUUUGGUUCACCGUCCUAAGAGUAUACAGAUACUAUCUAGUAAGAUAAGAAUUGAAGAAAAAAAAGAUAUUAAUCAAUAAUCAAUUAUAUGAUUCCUUCGAAGAUGGAGCUUCUGAAAAAGCAUUAUCUAGUAGACUGCCAAGAUUCGGAGAACAAGAAAGCAAAUACCAUUAAUUCACUCAAGAAGAUUAUGAUGAUUAAAAUGAAGAUAAUUAUAGCAAAGGAGGUAGAAAUGAUCUUAAAAGUCCCUUACUUAAAAAUGAUGGAUUAAAAACAUAAAUCUAGCAGAGCAGCAUGGUUAAAGUUUCAACAGACAAGCUAAGUGUUAGGAGUCAAUCACAUUUCAAAUCAUCUGGUAAAAGCUAAAUAUCGAAAUCAUAGAGAUCGAGUAUCCCUCAAGUGGAGAUUGCUCUCGAUAACUAGUCACUAGAGGAAGAACCUAAUACCAAUACUAGAUUUGGAUUACUUCACCAGAUUUUACAAUGGAUUUGCACUAUAUCUUUUGCCUUUUUACUGAUCCCUGUCCAUGGUCUUGGAUACAAGUCAUAGUUCACAACUAUAUUAAUUUUCGCUUUGCUCUUUACUCGAAGAUACAUUCAGCACAUUUACAUGAACUAUAAAUUUAUCCUAUAUGACAUAGAAAUCCUUGAUCUACCUACAACGAGGGACGGCAGAAGCACUACUUAGUAUAGGAAAGGCAUCACUUUUAACUUCCAAGUCGUAGAAUCUCCUAGCGUGUCAUAUUUUAGAUAAAAGGAGCUAGCAAUUUAGAAAAUGGGAUUUUGCUAAAAAUUUUAGAAAAAAUGGGCAGAUUAUAAAAGUGUUAUAAUCUAUUACUUUAAAAUUAGGCCUUUGAUAUUUGGCUUUAAAAUAUUGAUUAUUGUUGGAUCAUCUAUUUUGCUUGCUAGAUCAACCUCUGAUUUGUGUGUGCAUAGAUAUUAAUAUCCAGACAGAGCUGGAGGGAUGUCGUUCAUUGGUGGAGUAUAAAUUUCAUCUAGUGAUUACAGAAAGACACUGUCUGAUACAUCUUGUAGUAUUGGAAAUAUCUGCCAUGUAUAUCUUACAUUACCAAUUGAUUCAAGUUCAGGUAGUAAAACCUCAAAACUACUCUAUAUUCUCGGCACUUAAUCUCAAAAUAAAAAUCUGCUCGAAUGCGCUGGAAUAAAAAAUGAUGCCUCUUUGAUAAUUUUUAAUCUCUGGGAUUAUUUCUUAGAUGAGAUGGAUGCAAUAAUUAACUCUGAUAAAGACAGCAAUGAGUCAUAAUAACUUAUUCCGAUUUCAAUUGUAGCAGCUAAUUAAUAGUUUGGCUAUAACUAGAACUAUAUAGAUUUAGAACCUAUAAAUGAUGAAGAAAUAUAAGCAAAUAGUUAUUUAACAUGGUUUACUCAAGGACAAAGUACUAACCAAGAAAGCCAGCUUAAGGAUUUAAAGUAGGCUUAUUCUACAAGUAAACUAAGUAAUAAUUUAAUGAUAAUAAACGUUGAUGAUGGUUAUAUGACAAGCCUCGAGAAACAACUUGAUUUUAUAAGAAAUGAGCUAGCAAAAGCGAAAUCUAAGUAUUACAUAGUAAAUCUUUUUUCAUAGUACAAGGAUACAGAUUCUGAAAACAUAUUUAUUACAGAUUUAAGCCGAUUUUACUAAAUUAAAUUGAUAGUCUAAGCAUUUAAGUAUAAUAUUGCUGAAUAAGAAAAGUUCCAAUUGUACUCAGGCGGUUAAAAAUUACUAUUAGAAGAACAAUAAUCAGUUUUAGCAAUUAAAAUAUAAAGUAAAAAUGACAAUGAUCUAUAAAUUGAUUUGAUUGGUGGGGAAAAGCUUGAAGUUGUUAGAUCAAUUAUCAUUUGA